AUGGCUUCUCCAUCUACCAUCCUCAUCACCGGCGGAAACCGUGGAAUCGGCCAUGGCCUCGUCAAGACCCUUCUAGCUCGGCCUUCACUCACCGUCAUUGUCGGUGUCCGCGAUCCAUCCCACCCCACAUCCAAAGCUCUCCAGGAUCUGCCAGUAGGCAAAGAUUCCAAGCUUAUCACCGUCAAGCUUGACUCCAGCGUCCCCUCCGAUGCUGCAGAAGCCGUUUCUACGCUCAAGAGCGAGCACGACAUUCAAGCCCUUGAUAUCGUCAUCGCCAAUGCGGGAAUUGCAAACGAAGGCGGUCUAGUCCGUGACACAACCGUCGACAACAUCAAGAAGCACUUUGAGGUCAACACCAUCGGUCCUAUUGUCCUCUUUCAAGCCGUAGCAGACCUCCUACAGGCUAGCAAGACCGGGAAGCCACUUUUUGUUGCUAUUUCAACCCUCAUCGGGUCCAUCGGCUCUAUGGAACACCUGGUAGCACUGCCGCCUACCAGCAGCCCUUAUGGUGGCAGUAAGGCUGCUCUGAACUGGUUCAUUCGGCGCCUUCACUUCGAAGAGCCUUGGCUUACUAGCUUCGUUAUCCACCCUGGCCUGGUGGAGACCGAGAUGGCUGUUGCUGCUUUUGGCACUGGAACCACCGAAAAGCUCUCCGUCUAUGGAUCGAUCACUGUAGAGACCAGUGUUACGUCGUUGGUCAAUGUUAUUGAUAAGGCCGGCAAAGAACUCAGCGGAACCUUUCAGAAUUACGAUGGUACGGAAAUCGCUUGGUAG